AUGACGGCACCCUGGGCGGCCCUCGCCCUCCUCUGGGGAUCGCUGUGCGCGGGCUCUGGGCGCGGUGUGGCCGAGACCCGGGAGUGCACCUACUACAACGCCAACUGGGAGCUGGAGCGCACCAACCAGAGCGGCGUGGAGCGCUGCGAGGGCGAGCAGGACAAGCGGCUGCACUGCUACGCCUCGUGGCGCAACAGCUCGGGCUCCAUCGAGCUGGUCAAGAAGGGCUGCUGGCUGGACGACUUCAACUGCUAUGACCGGCAGGAGUGUGUGGCCACGGAGGAGAACCCCCAGGUGUACUUCUGCUGCUGUGAGGGCAAUUUCUGCAAUGAGCGCUUCACCCACUUGCCAGAGCCCGGGGGCCCAGAAGUCACGUACGAGCCACCCCCGACAGCCCCCACCCUGCUCACGGUGCUGGCCUACUCGCUGCUGCCCAUCGGGGGCCUCUCCCUGUUGGUCCUGCUCGCCUUAUGGAUGUACAGGCAUCGCAAGCCCCCCUACGGCCACGUGGACAUCCAUGAGGACCCCGGGCCUCCACCCCCCUCCCCGCUGGUGAGCCUGAAGCCCCUGCAGCUGCUGGAGAUCAAGGCUCGUGGACGCUUCGGCUGCGUCUGGAAGGCGCAGCUCGUGAAUGAGUUUGUGGCCGUCAAGGUCUUCCCCCUCCAGGACAAGCAGUCUUGGCAGAGCGAGCGGGAGAUCUUCAGCACCCCGGGCAUGAGGCACGAGAACCUGCUGCAGUUCAUCGCAGCCGAGAAGCGUGGCUCCAACCUGGAGAUGGAGCUCUGGCUCAUCACGGCCUUCCAUGACAAGGGCUCCCUCACGGAUUACCUCAAGGGGAACAUCAUCACGUGGAACGAGCUGUGCCACGUGGCAGAAACGAUGUCGCGAGGCCUCUCGUACCUGCACGAGGACGUGCCCUGGUGCCGCGGAGAGGGCCACAAGCCGUCGAUUGCCCACAGGGACUUCAAAAGUAAGAAUGUAUUGCUGAAAAACGACCUCACGGCCGUGCUGGCUGACUUUGGCUUGGCCGUUCGAUUUGAGCCAGGAAAACCUCCGGGGGACACCCACGGGCAGGUAGGCACCCGGAGGUACAUGGCCCCCGAGGUGCUGGAGGGCGCCAUCAACUUCCAGAGAGAUGCCUUCCUACGCAUUGACAUGUAUGCCAUGGGGUUGGUGCUGUGGGAGCUGGUGUCCCGCUGCAAGGCCGCUGAUGGGCCUGUGGAUGAGUACAUGCUGCCGUUUGAGGAAGAGAUUGGCCAGCACCCAUCACUGGAGGAGCUACAGGAGGUGGUCGUGCACAAGAAGAUGCGUCCCACCAUUAAAGACCACUGGCUGAAGCACCCGGGCCUGUCCCAGCUCUGCGUGACCAUUGAGGAGUGCUGGGACCACGAUGCCGAGGCCCGCCUGUCCGCUGGCUGCGUAGAGGAGCGGGUGUCCCUGAUCCAGAGGUCGGUCCACAGCACCAUGUCAGACUGUCUUGUGUCCCUCGUGACCUCCGUCACCAACGUGGACUUGCCCCCUAAGGAGUCCAGCAUCUGAGCCCCAAGACACCAGCCUCUCACCAGACUCCAGGAGCUGAAAGAGAAAGGAGGGAAAGGAAAAAGACAAAGAAAGAAAGAGAAAAGGUUGUGUUUUGUUUUGGAAAUCCCAUAAAACCAACAAACACCCAAAAUGCAGCUGCUAUUUUACCUUGACUUUUUAUUAUUAUAAUUAUUAUAAUUAUUAUUAUUAAUGUUAUUUGGGGGAUCGGAUCAGUUUUUACCAGCACACUGCUCUACUGUAGUGCACGCUGAGGUGCUGAGCUGGGAGUGGAACCAGCGGACUGCCGCAGAGCCUGCCUCUACUUCUCCCUCUUUGUCACCUCGGAACCCGUGACACCAAGAAAAGCCGUCUCCUGUCUUAGGAAACGUAAAUGCUGCAAACUCGACCCAGAGGAGCCUCGGGAAGCUGUCACACAAGGACUCCUCAGAAGCGGUGCUUCCUCUGUCCUUGUCCCCCUCCCCGCCUCCCCCAGCACCGGGGCUCUGGACCACCUGCCCAGCACCUCCGACGGGAGGCUCUCUCCAGGCACCAGUGUACUCUCUUUUGUUUCUGCCCUUCGGACAGCAGACGUGUAUUUGGUGGAUCGAAUGCGUGUCGUCCU